UCCUGCUAUUGACGUCUGGAUUGCAGCCAUCUGCGUCCUAACUGAUGCACAAUGCGCGCCCGGUGGCUUUAAAAAGGGCGAGACGGCGAGCAUCAAUUCAGAAAAGUCUCGAGGCGUUCACAUUUCGGGGAAUGCAGCUUGCUCCUUCAUAACCCUGAGACGUUUCGAACAAACCGACACAAAACGACUUCAACUGGACGUCAACAACAGCCACCAUGCCAAAGGGUUUCCUGAUAAAACGAUCCAAAAAGGCCGGAGCUGUAUCCUACAGAGUGCGGGACGAGGAUGAGUCGACACCGCAAGUUCUCCCGAGUCCAGGGCUUCACUCUUUCUGCGCUGCAACUUUUCCCUCAGUCACUGUUCAAAGGACUUUGAACCGAAUUUCUUUGGGAGGCCUGCCUGAAUCAUUCUGCGCGCCUUCGCUCAGUCCGACGCGUCCAGAUGGCGAGGGUUACGCAAACCAAUAUCCAUCAACGCACCACAACGAUCAGGGUUCUGCUGCAUUAUUAAGUCGGGCUGAGCUUUUCCUCGAGCCAGUUCUCGGUGGCUUUGCGGUCAACGGAUCUCCGGUAUCACCGAGUCUACCUGAAACGAGCACCAAAGUCGACUCUGUAACCAACACUACAAAACGACCCGCACCGCCAUCGAACUCCAAAAGCAACCAAGCCAAAAAGCGCAAACCUUCUCAAGAGAGAAAAGCGAUUAGUCGAGACGAAGUUACCACUUCUCCUGUUCUCGGUCUACGCAUUAAGGAAGAUCCUGUUGAAGACUCGAAGCAGAAUGCGAGCAGACAUCUAGGUGAGUUCAUCUGCCAGCUGUGUAAAGAGAGAUACUCGGACCCUCUCACCCUGGCGCACCACAAGUGCUCGCGUAUUGUGCGCGUCGAGUACCGCUGCACCGAGUGCGACAAAACAUUCAGCUGCCCGGCGAACCUGGCGUCUCAUCGGCGCUGGCAUAAACCCAAAGGAGAAGAAAAUCAACCGAGUGUGAUGAGCGGGACCAGCGCCACCACUCAGUCCGAGAACUCCGACUCGGGCUCUGAGGAUGAAGCGCUGUUCAGUUGCACUCAGUGCGCCAAAAAGUUCCGGAGACAGGCUUACUUGAGGAAACACCUCGCUCUCCAUGAGCGGAAAGCUGCAGGUUUACGGCAGGAUCUCAACCUCGCAAGUCUGCCCGAGUCUAUCGUCCUGGCAAAGGAAGAGUCUCCGGAAAUUUCCCGGAAACUUCCGAGCAUAACCCGAGCUACUAAAACGCCCGACGUGUUUCCGUGUCGUUUCUGCGGAGAGAACUUCUUCUCCUCACCAGGGCUGACCAGACACAUCAACAAACUCCAUCCAACAGAAAGCAGACAGAUGAUUUUACUCACACACAACAUUUAAGCACAGAACCCAGCCACAAUGAGUGAGCUUGUGAACUGCGCCUUAACCCAAAACUCUAAAAAAAAUCAAUUUAUUUUAUUAUUACAGGAUGUGAGUUGACUCAUGUCAACACACGGAAGAAAAAAAAAAGUUGUA